UUUCCCAGAAGGUCUGAGUCACUUCACGGGUGUAAACACGGACUUCUUGAGUUUCAGUGUCUGGUUUAUUAAAGUGGGAGCCCUGCUCCUCCUCCCUGCUCCUCCUCCCUGCUCAUCUCCACCUCAGGACUGCGCGUCACGCGGCUUUUACGUCAGCAACAGCAGCUGCAGGCGGCGGCUGCACCGACAUAGCGAGGGGAGGGCGCGCGCGCGCGGGGCGGCGGUUGGAACAUACACACAUUCAAGGCUGCGUUUUGCUGCUCCUGCACGAGACCGUUUCUGUACCGGGUGGAUUGGCGUUGAUCGAUCCGCCGCCGCACGCGAGAGGCGUCAAUUCCUGAGCGGGAAAAGGGGAAACCAUGGCAACGGAUUUUAGGGUGACGCUGACUGACUGACGCGCCGACAGGUUACCUUGAGUGCAGCACUGCAGCUCCCUUGUGAAGCAUGUCUUCCUCCUCCUCCUCCUCCUCCUCUUCCUCGGAGCUGCCCUACUUUUGUCCUCGCUGCGGUGACGAGUUUCGUUUCUCGUCCGUACCUGAGCUCCGGGCUCACCUGGUCAGCCGACACACCUACGAGACCCUGCUGGUGCUGUCGCAGGCUCGGGUCAGAAGCUCCAGGCCUGGUGCUCUCCUCCCUCUCCCCGGUCAAGCUGUAAUCCAGAGACAGAGCUCUUCUCUGGGCAUGGACGCCCACAGCCUCCCCCUGCCGCUGGCCUGCCUGGAUCUCGCCUCGUCGUCUGCCUCCGUCCAACUGCUCAGGGAAAUGUUCGACCCUUCAGAUCGGGCUCUCCCCUCUUCUGCAGGACACCAAGGGGACCCCACCACUGCUCUGGCCCUCCCCGGCCCCUUGGGGCCUUUUCCUGGGAGGAAACUGGGCGAGGUAGGGGUCCAGCUGGGCCUGGACUUUGGGCUGACAGUGGGGAUCGGGCUGGAGGAGAGACUGGGGCUGGGGCUGGAUCGUAAAAUCGCCCGGACGUUUGCGGAGGUCGAGGAGAGGGUGAACCGCCGCGUGGGUCGACUGAAAGUGGAGCUGCAGAAGAGGGAGGCGGAGCUGGAGCAGGAGAGGCGGGACAGGGAGCGACUGAAGAGAGAGAAACAGGAAGUGGAGGAGAGGGCUGCGUACCUGUCCAGACAGGUCUCUGCUGCCAUGGAGAUGAUGGAGCGAUUAAACAAAGACCUGGAAGGAAAAGAGAAACAGCUGAGUGAACGACAACAGGAGAUGGUGGACAUCGAGUGUUUUCUGAGGGAGACUGCAGAGAAAGAGGCCGAGGCCAAAUCCAGGCUGCAGGUGUUUAUCGAGAUGUUGCUGGAGCGAGCCGACUGCGCAGAGAGACAGCUGCUGCUGCUCAGCUCACACGCACAUCACAAGCACAGCUACACGCGCCGCCACGACAGAUACACAGACGCGUACGCCGACCCGUACGCACCUACGGACGGAUACACGCCUGCACCUGGCCGAGGAGGACGCAGCCUGGACAGCAGCACUGAUGACAUCAUUGCAGACAAGAUGCAGGGAACCAUCGGCAACCGGAGGAGCUACAGUGUUUCAGGCUCCUACAGACUCGGGGACCAGCCGUACAGCCACCAUCCCUACAGGUACCUGAACACAUCAAACAGCGGACUGAGCGGUCACAUGCGGACCUUGUCUCUGGGUUCAGGUGCGUGGGACUCUGAGGGGGCGCUGGUCCCGCUCCACCCCCACCACUACGCUCCAGCAUGGGCUCGACGAAAGAGAGCGGGAGGAGACGGGAGGAGGGAGAGAGUGUGGGUCGGGGAGGAAGGAUGUGGCAGAACGUGGAGUAAAAGAAACCGUCGUUACCACAGCACUGAGGAGGAAGAGGAGGAGGAGGAAGAAGAAGAGGAGGAGGGGGAGGAGGAGGUAGACGAGGAGGGAUUCUGGAGCAGCGCUGAGAUGAGGAGACUAAUCUUCGCCAGGACUCACACACCUGGUUCAGAAGCCCCGACCUCCCUCCACUCCUACCCCUCCCGUCGUUAUGGCGACAGACAUCUGGGGCCGGACACCUUGAGGCUGAGGGCGGGCCUUUUCUGCGUGUUUCCAUAUUUGGACUUGCGCUCCUUGCUGCGUGCGGCCGAGGUCUGCUCUGAUUGGCGGUUUGUUGCUAGGCACCCGGCGGUUUGGACACGCCUCCGGCUGGAGAACGCCAGAGUGUCGGCCGAGUUCCUGACCACUCUGUCUCAGUGGUGUACUCAAACUCAGACUGUGGUUCUGAACAACCUGAAGCCUCGAAGCAGACGAGCCGACGAGACUCGAGAGGAUUACCACAAGAACACACGAGGCAGCGUGGAGCCGGGGGUGGAGGCCCUGCUGCGGUCAGCAGGGGGCAGUCUGCUCCACCUGUCGGUCUCUCAGUGUCCUCACAUCCUCACUGACAGGACGCUGUGGCUGGCCAGCUGCUACUGCAGGAACCUGCAGACGCUCACAUACAGGAGUUCAUCGGAUCCUCUCGGUCAGGAGGUUCUCUGGGCCCUGGGUGCAGGCUGCAGGAACAUCAGCAGCCUGCAGGUGGCGCCAGCUCACCCCUGCCAACAGCCAACUCGGUUUGGCAACCGUUGCCUGCAGACGAUUGGUCGAUGCUGGCCACACCUCCGCUCACUAAGUGUGGGCGGGGUCGGCUGUGGGACUCAGGGAUUGGUUGCCAUGGUGCGUAGCUGUGCUCACCUGCAGGUGCUGGAGCUGGAGCACAUCACUGACCUCGGCCUGCCGGUGGCGACGGAGCUGUGUAAAGCCGGGCUGAAGAAUCUGGAAACUCUGAUCCUGACCCACACGCCCGUCAGCGGUCAGGCCAUCCUGCACUUCCACAGUAUGUGCGUUAACAUCAGAUCUAUAGUGGUCGAGUUCUCCGUGUCAGAUUACUUCGAAGAGCCGGAAAGUCAAGAGGCUCAACGUCUGUUUGGAGAAAUUCUCAACACGCUAAAGGCUCUUCGGCAGCGUCCCGGCCUGUGUGACGUCCUGCAGGUUAAAGCUGAAGGAUUCUGCUGACCUCACACACACACACACACACACACACACACACUUGCUUGUACUUCUAUAUGUGUGAGGACCUUCGUUAACAUUAUGUGAAGCCGAGGGUCUAUCCAACCCCCACACUUGUUGUAUUGCGAGUAGUCGAGGGCCUUCUUGUGUGAUGUAUCUUCAAUAAUUGUAAUUUAAGACCUUAACUGAGUGGAGGUUUAUCUUCACUCACUAGGACAUGCUUUAUCAGUGAGAUCACAAUCUCGCAUAUAUACACGAUUAUUCCAUUUAAUCAACUGCAGCUUUAUUAAGGAGUAAUACAAUUCAUAAAGCAAUUAAAUCCAGUUAUGCUGAAGCCCAUAUGAAAGAGAAAUAACAUGAUGAUGAAAGUUUACUGCCUGAUAAAAGGUUAAAGUAAGGAACGUCUCUCAAAAUCAUUACUAAAAGCAUAUUUAAUGUUUUUUCAGGUAUGUGAUAUACUAUGUAGAUGAAGUGUAAACAUUAAUAAUAUAAACACUGAAUCCAACAUACCAUCAACGUCUUCAUGUCUAGUGGUAAAACUGGUUUUAUAGACUCAUUACCGCCAACAGCUGCCCUGCUUGGUCAUGCUGAAUGGUGGGAUACACGGAGCUCUGAAUACCUGGUGGAUCGUGAAUCACUAGCAAAGGAAAGGGGGCCGCCAGCCAGAGUGAAGUAAUCUCUGAUUUAAAAAAUCAUUAGGAAAAUGUCUGUUACGUGCUUGUGGACGAAUUAUUCUGUUGUGUACAAGUAUGAAAAACAAUUUAAAGGAUGAACAUGUAUCUCGUUUUCUAAUUAAAUAUCUUGACCUCAGCUAUAGCCAGAGCAAAUCGGUGGUGCAGAAGAAAAAUCAUAUUUCUUUACUUUAAAUAGUCCAAAAAUAACUAAAUGAUGAAGACUGUAUUGAAAACAGGGGACCCAGCAGCCUGUAGUGAAUAUCGAUGCAGAGUUUAAACUGGUGUUUACGCUGCCUGGAGGCUUCUACCUUGUAAAUCCAGAGUUUUCGUUUUGUUGAAACAGAAUCUCAGAGCAGAAACUAACCCAUCCUCAACCUGUGGAGGUGAGGAGAUAAAAACAAACGCUGUGCAGAGAGAAAGUGCUGACAGGAUGGACAUCUAGCAUCUAAAACCUGAUGAAAUAUGAAAUAAGAUUUUCUUCCAUAGUUUAGCAGUUUAUGAGUCAGCAGCAGUUGAGCUUGUUGCAGGUUUAAACCUCCUCCAUCAUGUGGAUCAUGUUGUUGAUCCUAUGUAGCUGUAGAUGGACCUCCCUCCCUUACGCCUUUAGGGACAUAGGGACAUAUUUCAAGUUUCAGAUUAAACAAUAAAAAAGGUACUAUAUCCGUCAGGUUUUCACAUUAAAUUGGAAAAUACUUUCUUGCUCGUAUGUCGUCAAGACCGCAAGUGUGGGUUUUGGGACAGAUGCCCUUUUCAAUAAGUGAUGACCUCACUCCCACAGUCUAAAAACUCAAACUGGUCCUCACAAACAUAGAUUUACAAGAGCACACACACACACACACACACACACACACACACACACACACACACACACACACACACAGAAACAACUGAAGUACCGUUCAUACAAGACCCAUCCCUGAUCCACCAUCUCCCAUAACUUCAGAUACGCAGGAGUUUAUAAAAGUAAUUUUGGCAAAAGUGUAGAAAAUAUGAACGUACUGACUUUUAAGGUGGAAGAAAACACGUCAGGUGGGUGUAAAGUUUAAAAUAAUUACUCCAACACAGCAUAUAAGAGAUGGUGCAGAGUGAGGACUAACCAAAACCUUGAUCCUUCCCUCACACUCCUUUAACUAAACUUUAUUUAUUUUAAAUGUUUAACAAACCCUUUUUUGCACAGUACAAAGACAAUCCUUUAUCCUUUUAACAAAACCCCUUCUUACAGUAGGAUAAAUGUUUUCUCUAUUUUUGACAAGAACCUGAACCUUAACGAAUCCCACAAAUCAAAGUUAACCUUAAACCCUUGUUCUAGUUUAACAGAGCUCAAGUCGUCCUCCGCUUACAAUAACCUUAUUAUUAACAAACUCUUACUCCUACCUUAACUUUUACUUCCAGCCAACACUAUUAGCAACAAGUAUUUUAGGAAAAGUCCCUUAAAAAGCCAUAAUUCUUGUUCUUCUUCUUACCUUAAUAUUCAAUGAGACCCUUAUUCUUAACCUUUACUUUAAAAAUAAGCACAAGCACACGGCGUCUGCACAAGUGUAUUUGCACAAGCACAAGACACGUUUACUCAGACACCAAAGACAUCAAUCGGUCGAUCAGAUGUGUUGGAGUUGUUUGAUGGAAAAGUGAAUCUAUCAUGCGUGAACUUAAAGGUGCUACAUGUGUCAUUUUACCGUCAAUAAAUCAUUUUCUCAUCA